GUUGGAGCAAACUCUAAAAUACAUGAGGGGGGCCCACAUGGUCGUGAGACUAGUGCCCACUACAAGUGAAACAGUCCAUCUGGAUACAUGAUUGGCUAGCAAUUGCACCGUGUUCGUUCUCGGUUAAUUCCAGCAUCCACUUUUUAUCUGAUUGGACGAUAAGGAAGCGGAACGCCAUAUGAUUGCAGAGUCUAUGACGGGACUCUCCGGAUCGGGCAAAUCACAGCCCGAGGGUUGCCACCUCAGCGCAUGAUGACAAGCCAGUCAGAGGUCAAAGUGCCUGGAGACAAAAACUAAGGGAUGCACGGGGGCCGUGAGCGUCAGGAGUCUGUCACUAGUUUUAGUCGGUCUUUAAAAUAGUCCCUUUCCUCAUUAUUACUGAUCUAUUACUCGCUUCAUACCACUCUUUCGUUCUGUUCUCUCUUUAACCGUUCAGCGCUCGCUCGAGUCUCUCUUUAACCCUCUGUUUUACGCGGAUUGACUCUCGUUCUCUGUCACCAUGUAUAUCAAGAGCUAUGCUGCGGCAUUGACUGCAGUGCUUCCUCUCGUCACUGCACAGACCUACUCCGACUGCAAUCCUACCGAGAAAUCCUGCUCCCCCGAUGAUGGCCAGAAGGAGUACACUUUCAGCACCGACUUCACCAAGGACUCUUCUCUAGACGGUUGGGAGACCGCUGCUGGCAAAGUGACUUUCGACGACAACGGUGCUGCCUUUACCAUCAACGAGAAGGGUGAUGCGCCUACCAUUGACACCAAGGACUACUUCUUUUUUGGUCGUGUCGAAGUUGAGAUGAAGGCUGCCCCUGGCACCGGUGUUGUCAGCAGUAUCGUCAUGGAGUCGGACGACCUCGAUGAGAUUGACUGGGAAGGCGUUGGUGGCUUCACGGACAGAAUCGAAACCAACUACUUCGGCAAGGGUGACACCACUACCUACGAUCGCGAGACCUGGGUCAACCUGGACACUCCCCAGGAGACCUUCCACACCUACACUGUCGACUGGACCAAAGAAUCCAUCACCUGGCUCAUUGACGGCAACUCGGUUCGUACUGUCAAGUACGACGAGGCCAAGGGCGGCUCGCGUUUCCCCCAAACUCCCAUGAAGUUGCGUCUCGGUAUCUGGGCUGGCGGUGACCCCGACAACGGCCAGGGAACCAUCGAGUGGGCUGGCGGUGAGACCGACUACACCCAGGCUCCCUUCUCGAUGUACGUGAAGUCCGUCACUGUCACCAACUACAACCCCGCCGACUCCUACAAGUGGACCGACACCAGCGGUUCGUACGAGAGCAUCGAGGCCUCCAACGGAACCAGCUCCGACAGCAGCUCUUCAUCCACCUCCAGUGAUUCCUCGUCGACCACCACCGGCGGUUCUUCCACCAGCACUGCCUCCGACUCUACAUCCACGACUGCGGACUCGUCCAGCGCCACCAGCACUUCCGGUUCCACCACUGGCUCCGGCGCUGGCUCCGGCUCCAGCACUAGCACUGGUUCUGGUUCGGAGUCGGACUCUGCUUCCGCUUCGGGCGAUAGCACCAGCGCUGGCGCAAGCGCGAGCCCCACUACUUUCGACGGUGCUGCCAGCACUUUGUCCAACUCGUUUGUGGCCCCGGCUGUGAUGCUGGCGUUGUUCGUGGCUAUGUUCCAGCUAUAAUUUUUUGUCUCUUCAUGAUUUUCUUUUUUAUGUGCAUAUUUCUGGUCAUUUUUAACAUGACUGUAUCCAAAAUUCUACCUUCUAUCAUCACUUACUUCACAUGGGUGGUCUAAUCAAUAUUCUAAUCUCUAAUUCUUUGUAAUUGUGCAGAGACCAAAGUACGGGGUACCUUUCGCAAAGAACCAGUGGAUGAAGUAGUUUCCCGGCUGAGACAUGCAUACGAGCACAAAACUAUCGAUCAGACUCGGAAUCAUUCCUAUCAGGUCCUUUUGCCUAUGCACCUUUCCCCCCC